UCCUAAUUAUUUGACAUCUGUAUACAUGUCUUUAUUAGCUGAUGAUUAUUCCAAAUAUAUUGGAAAUUAAAUUCCAAGUUAUUGUGCUGUUCUGUGGGAGAUUCGAAUUUCAAAGAUGACUUCAAACGAUGUUUAAAAACAAUUGCAAGUUUGAAAAGAACUUCAAAAUAAACAAAGACGUCUGAAUUUAACAAUUUAUAUGGGUGGAGUAUAGCAGUGAAUAAAAUCACUAACGAAGUUAAUUAAGGCGCCGAGCAAGAAUUAUCGAGUUAUUGUCGGGGUGAUAACGAGGGAGAUAUAUGGGAGAAGAGAUUAUAUAUAGAAAUGUCUCCACCCAAAAGCUGUGCAGUUUGUGGCGACAAGGCACUGGGAUACAAUUUCAAUGCUGUUACUUGUGAGAGCUGUAAGGCCUUCUUUCGCAGAAACGCUUUAGCAAAAAAGCAGUUUACCUGUCCCUUUAGUCAAAAUUGUGAGAUUACUGUGGUAACGAGACGAUUUUGCCAAAGAUGUCGCCUCAAAAAGUGUAUCGACAUUGGCAUGAAAAGUGAAAAUAUUAUGUCGGAAGAAGAUAAACUCAUAAAAAGGCGUAAAAUUGAGUGUAAUCGUGCAAAGCGAAGGCUCAACGAUACUAAAACGGGUGCUUCAGCAGACAGCACAGGUUUCGAUACCGCUUCACAUGAUUCCCAAAGUUCCUUCGACAGUGGCAAGGGCACUGCCUGUAAUAAUAGCGGAUCUGCCGCCAGAGUUAAUUUAUCAUCACCCUUAAGUAGUAAUGCAGUAAUAAGUUCACCAACCUUAUUAGAGGCAGACAGCGAAAUAAACCCCGAACUGAUGACCAGUGAAGAAAUGGUAGAAUUUAUUGUUGGUGACCCAGAUCGUGCGUCGCAGGCAAUAAGUAAACUAAUGCGUACUAAAGAUGAAGCACUUUCUAUUGUGGAGAAAAUUCUUUCAUCGCAGAAGGACUCGUUACGACUAGUAUCACAUCUUAUAUCAUUUCCAGGCGAUGCGCUGAAAAUCAUUAGCAAAAUAAUGAAUUCGCCUUUUGACGCGCUUACGGUGUUCACGAAAUUCAUGAGCUCGCCUACCGAUGCUUUGGAAAUAAUAUCAAAAAUCGUCAGUUCGCCACAAGAUGUUGUUCAAUUCAUUCGAAACCUUAUGGAAUGCCCGGAAGAUGCGCUCGAUAUAAUGAAUAAAUUCAUGAAUACACCAGCUGAGGCUCUGAGGAUAAUCAACAAAAUAUUCAAUACACUAAAUCCACCAGCACGCAGUGAUGAACUACAUAAACUUCUCUUAGAUGCAACAAAGGAAAAUAAUGAUAAAUCAUUCCAGUCAGUACAGAAACUCACAGUUCCAGAAGAUUCAGAACCCGAAAAUUAUUUACUUCAAUCGAUGUUGCAGAGAAGUCCAGCAAUGAGUCAUAAUAUGGGUCACGAAUCAUAUUCUAAUCAGCAAGCAAUGCCAGUUAAUUCAGAUGCGAUGGUAGAAUCACCCAUAAACAUACAAGCAAUGACAAUAAGAACAGACACCCCGGACCAAACAAUAUCACCCAUUCAAACCGAGGCAAUAUCCAUGAGAGCAUCGCCUAGUGCACCACCAAUACCAAUGUGUUUACUAUCCUCGCAAACAAUACCUGUUAGCUCUUCAGAGUGUCCUGUUUCUACACAGAAUUUGCAGUAUAAUUCACCUUCAAGCAUUCAUGCGGAUAUUGACUUACAAAGUGCCUCUGCAGGCCUGAUAAAUCCUAACUCGUUUACAGACUCAACGUCUGGCCCUACGAACUUCAGCGAUGAACCUUUCGAAAUGAAAAGAUUCAUACAAAAUUCGUUCCCUGAAAACGCAAGUGGAGGCGAUAGCUUAAAUUCGUUGGAAUCGGUACUGUCUGAAGUAAUUCGAAUCGAAUUUCAGGCUUUUAACAAUUUGCCGCCAGAACCGCGGGUGAAACAUGAACAAUUCAAUUAUAAAUCAAACAUACCGAUGCAACAACAGUGCGGAUAUAGUUUUCACAAUACACAACCGCAGCAACCUGUUUGCUUGCCAUCCAGUGUAACAAUGGGACGUGAUCUUAAUGAGGCAGAGCAGAUGAAGUUGCGUGAACUGAAACUAGCAAGCGAAGCACUUUAUUAUCCAAUGGACAACGAUCUGUCUCUAUUAAUGAUGGGCGAUGAUAGAAUGAAACCCGAGGAAACACGUCAGGAUCCAAAACUUUUGCAACUCAUUAAUUUGACGGCGGUAGCCAUAAAACGUUUGAUAAAAAUGGCUAAAAAGAUAAGCGUUUUUCGGGAAAUGUGUCAGGAAGAUCAAGUAGCACUACUGAAAGGUGGCUGCACUGAAAUGAUGAUUAUGCGCGCUGUGAUUACCUAUGACAAUAAUCGUAAUACAUGGAAGCUGCCGCAUAUUUCAAAUUCAGCACAUGUGCAUGCAGAGAUUCUAAAGCAAGCUAAGGGCAAUUUAUAUGAAGAAAUUAUGAAAUUUUUUAGUACCUUUGACGAGAAAUGGCGCAUUGAUGAGAAUAUAAUUUUAAUAAUGUGCGCAAUUGUGCUCUUUACACCAACGCGUGCACGUAUAAUUCACUCUGACGUUAUUCGAUUGGAACAGAAUUCAUAUUAUUAUCUACUACGAAGAUAUCUAGAGAGCGUAUAUCCUGGCUGUGAGGCAAAAUCAGCAUUUAUCAAGUUAAUACAAAAAAUUUCGGAUGUUGAGCGUCUGAAUCAACUUAUUAUUAACGUUUAUUUAAAUGUCAAUCCAGCUGAAGUGGAGCCCUUACUACGGGAAAUUUUUGAUUUGAAGAAUCCUUAGAAGCCCAAUAAAAGUAUUGUUGAGUUUAUAAAACAAUGUAAGUGACAGCAAUACCAGUUAGAUAUACAUAUACGCUUAAAAG